UGUAAAAUAUAUUGGAUUACGAGAUAAAUGGAGUAGCCUGUAACUAAUAGCUAAUACAAUAGCUUUACUAACGUUACCUCGCUAUUAGCAAGGCUACAUCAGUAACCUACAAGAAGGCAUAGCUAUACUCGCUAAUGUAAGAUAGUGGUCAAUAAUAAUAAACAAUUCCAAUGUAUGGUAACGUUAGAUACAAAACUCGUUAGUAACAUUACGGUACAUUGGCGUAUGGAAAGCAUAAGUGUGUCUUUGUCACUGUCAAACACUAGCUAGCUAAUUUAGCUAAUAUGUGAUACUAACGUUAAACUUAAAGGUGAAUUAGCAAAGUUAGCUACUUCUAUCUUAAAAUACAUACAAGUUAUUUCAAAUUCAAGAAUUAUGAAUUGGUGUGUUGGUGUUUCAGGUGCACAGUAAUGUUAUAUAUAGUUUCAUUGACGAUGUUUGUUACAUUUACCAACUUAAUCUCCCGUAAACGGUUCGUUGACAGAGCAGUGAAUGCAUCACUGUUAGCAUACAACUAACAGCUGUCAGCGUGCUAACCGCUAACGUUAACUAACCAGUAACUAGUGUCAACGUUAAAUGGCAGGCUAGCAAAACAGCUAACAACAACAACGAGAUUAGCUUACAUUAAUUUAGUGAUUUGGUUGGUAAAAACGAACAUUGAACUAUAUUUGCUACUACGUAGCUAAAUGUCUUCUUAAUCUCUAACGUUAUAUUUUCCAGUAGCGUUAACGUUAGCUAGCUAGCUAAGUGUUAAUGUAACAUUAGCUACAUUAGUUUAAAGUUAGCUCUUCUCCCUGCAGUAAUGUUACCUUGCUCUGUUCAAAAGCCAGAUCACACACGAAAUACGGGGUGCUGUUCUGGUUUGAUAACUGUAACUAAGACUUGAACAGGCCAAACGAGAAAUCCACUGUUCCCCUCCCCGACCUUCUGUUCCUGACCCUCACAUCUUUCACCAUGAAUGAAGUUAAUAUAGUCAGAGAGGGCUGGCUUCACAAAAGAGGUGAAUAUAUCAAAACAUGGAGGCCCAGGUAUUUUAUCCUGAAGAGUGACGGUUCCUUCAUUGGCUACAAGGAGAAGCCUGAUCUAAACGACCAGACUUCACCACCACUCAACAACUUCUCAGUGGCAGAGUGCCAGUUAAUGAAGACUGAAAGACCCCGCCCCAACACAUUCGUCAUUCGUUGCCUACAGUGGACCACUGUCAUUGAACGCACCUUUCACGUGGACAGCAAUGAGGAGAGAGAAGAGUGGAUGCGGGCAAUCCAGUCAGUGGCAAAUAGUCUGAAGAUGCGGGAACAAGAGGAGGAUGAACCAAUGGAUAUGUUUGGCUCACCCAGCGAAAGCAGCCUGGAGGAUAUGGAGGUGUUGAUGUCCAAGAACCGCUCCAAAGUGACAAUGAGUGACUUUGAGUACCUGAAGUUGCUUGGAAAGGGGACAUUUGGGAAGGUGAUUCUGGUCAAAGAAAAGUCGACCGGAGUACAUUAUGCCAUGAAAAUACUGCGCAAAGAGGUCAUCAUAGCCAAGGAUGAGGUGGCCCAUACAGUUACAGAGAGCAGAGUGUUACAAAACACACGACACCCCUUCCUCACGACACUGAAGUAUGCCUUCCAAACCCACGAUCGACUCUGUUUUGUAAUGGAAUAUGCCAACGGAGGCGAGCUCUUCUUCCACCUGUCACGGGAACGAGUGUUCACAGAAGACCGGGCACGCUUCUAUGGUGCUGAGAUUGUGUCGGCGCUCGAGUACCUCCACUCACGUGACGUUGUUUAUCGUGAUCUAAAGCUGGAGAAUCUGAUGCUGGAUAAAGACGGCCACAUCAAAAUCACAGAUUUUGGCCUUUGUAAGGAAGGCAUUACCCCUGACGCUACCAUGAAAACCUUCUGUGGUACUCCUGAAUAUCUGGCACCUGAGGUCCUAGAAGAUAAUGACUAUGGCCGGGCGGUGGACUGGUGGGGUCUUGGUGUAGUCAUGUAUGAGAUGAUGUGCGGCCGUCUGCCUUUUUACAACCAAGACCAUGAGCGUUUGUUUGAGCUCAUCCUCAUGGAGGAAAUCCGCUUCCCCAGGAACCUGUCGCCCGAGGCCAAGUCCCUGCUGGCUGGCCUGCUCAAGAAAGACCCCAAACAGAGGUUGGGUGGAGGUCCCACUGAUGCCAAAGAAGUAAUGAGUCACAAAUUUUUUAUCGUCAUCAACUGGCAGGAUGUGGUACAAAAGAAGCUUACCCCACUGUUCAAACCGCAAGUGACAUCAGAGACAGACACCCGGUACUUUGAUGAUGAGUUCACAGCACAGACCAUCACGCUCACUCCUCCAGACAAGUAUAACAGUCUGGACUGCGAGGACCCUGGCCAGCAAGCGCAUUUCCCCCAGUUCUCCUACUCUGCUAGCAUAAGAGAGUGAUAGCAUCUCUGCCACACACACACAAACACACACAAAAACAAAUGAGGCAUGAACACCUUGGCCACAUCCUUACAGCUGUAAAAUGACCAGAACCUCCAUCUUUAAUGAGGUUUAGUCCGCCAGCAUCGAAGUGCCUCAGCUGGCAGCCAUAUUGUUUUAUAGAAGCCCCCUCUGUCAACACUACGGUCAAAGCCUGGUCAUAGUGACUGUACUGUAUCAAACUGGACUUCAGGACCUCACAUAGUCAUCAGCACAACUGAAAAACAACUGUCUGAAGCACCUUUUGGAUGGCCUAUAACUGCUGCUGCUUUUUCAAUAUAAACCGUUGAUAAUUUUUAGCACUCUCUUUUAAUGGUCUUUAUGGACAGUUUCUUUCAUGAUGUUUCCAAGUGCUCUUCUUCAGAACUAGCUGUUACAACUGGUGAUAGACAGGUUAUUAUAUGAGAAAGUUGCGGGGCAGUUUGUUGGGUGUUUCUGUUAGGUGUGUGUGUGGAUCUUUUUUCUUUCUUUUUUUUGAGAAAAAAGAGGGCAUUAAGUCCAAACUGGAUGUCAUCAGUUGAGUCAGAGGGAGUCUGUGAGAGCAAGAGGUUUUGUGUGUGUCUUAAUACAACACUUGCCCAACAUGCAUCAGGAACAACAGAUUAAUUGAUAAGACAUGAUUAUCAAGGUGUCUCCGUGGAGAAAGCGUAAGAUGAGGUGUUGGAGAGAGGCUGUCCUUUAACUGUAUGCAAUGAAAACACAUCACUUGUUUAUUAGUUUGCUCUCAUCUCAAACUUUGAUCUUUGUUAACAGAUCUGUCAAGUGUGACACAUCAAUUAAUGGGAAUUGGGAAUACCUUAA